AUGGGUCUGUGUGUUGACAAAAUUUUGAUUGGUUUUCAGAUUAGGCUACCUACAACAACCACCAAAUGUUUGUGGCAACAGCUAAAGACACAUAGGUGUCUUAUAUGCAGUAUUGACCCGGACUUAAUUAUACCUGAACCAGAGGAUAUAGAUAUCCUGGCAGGGCUAAGCGGCUUAUCUAACGGAACAACAAUGAUGGGCACAGUUUUUAAAAGCUUCAUCAUCCUACAGGUGUUGAAAGUUGGCUAUUCGGGUGUAUUAGCUGAAAGUGGUGAAGCGGAAAAAUGUGUCGGGGAAGAGGUCACAACCAAAAUAGAAGAUUUGGUGGACGGUGCAUUAAAUGGAGUAAAAUGUUUGUUGCUGAAAGCUGUAGGGGCAGCAAUCGGUUACCUCCUGCAAGCCAUAGAGGAGACGGAAGUUAUUGUAGAAUUUGGUGUAACACAAUUUGAAGUGUCACUGAGGCAAAUAAUAGAAAAAUUGAAAGAUGACAUAGAAGAAGCACUAACGAAAUUGGCAGAAGAAGCUGACAAACUCACGACAACAGAUGCAGUCUGGAAAUACCGAUUCGCUCUGGAUGCGACACUGGAUACCCGCAUUCGGUGGCUAAUGUACCAUGCUCAGUUCCUGGGUUCAUACUUUCGGUCAAUCAGAGCUUGUCUUGAUGCUGGACCGGCAAGCGGCAGAUUACUUGAUUUCUUCUUUUGCAUCACUUACGUUAUUCGCUGGGUGGCAACAAAAACUGUAAUCAAUCCACUGUGCGGUUUUUGUAUUGAAAACACACUGCCCGUUACUGUUCUCUUUCGUUCACAACAGUAUGCGGACUUGAAAGUGCAGUGGCUUGGACGCACCACGCGAGUUAAGGAAAUUUUCAGAGGUGUAUUGAUGGGUGGAUUCCUCACACAUACAGAGUUUCAAAAAAGAUUUGAAGAGAAGACGCUUGUCUACUUUUGGUUGCAAUGA